AUGAGCGAAACUUCAAGCCAUUCACAAACCGUUUCUACUACUGAAAGGCUUGCGAAAUUACGAGCAUUAUUUAAGAAUGAAAAAUAUAAUUUGACAGCUUAUAUAAUUCCUUCGGAGGAUGCACACCAGAGCGAAUACACGGCCGAGUGUGAUGCUCGUAGGGAAUUUAUAUCUGGUUUCACGGGCUCAGCAGGGUUAGCCGUAGUAUCUACCGAUAGUGCGGCGCUUUUCACUGAUGGUCGGUAUUUUCUUCAAGCAAGUAAACAACUUGAUCACAAUUGGACAUUGAUGAAAGAAGGUUUACCGGAUGUUCCAACUUGGCAAGAAUAUUUGGUGCAGAAUUUGCCCAAAGGUUCAAGAAUCGGCAUUGAUCCGACAUUAAUUACAGCAUGUGAAACAUUAUCCGAAUCCCUGGAAAAGGUUGAUUCAUCAUUAAUACCUACUGAAGAAAAUCUAGUAGAUUUGGCAUGGGGGAAUGAAAGACCACCACGUCCAUUAAAUAAAGUAAUAAUUUUAGAAGAGCGUUAUACUGGAAAAUCACAUAAUGAAAAAAUUGCAAACCUUCGUGAAGAACUUAACAAAGAUAAUUUUUAUGGAUUUGUUGUUUCGGCCCUUGAUGAAGUUGCAUGGCUUUUUAAUCUUCGGGGAUCCGAUGUUUUAUUUAAUCCCGUCUUCUUUGCAUACGCACUUGUCACCAAACAUGAUAUCGUUCUCUACGUAGAAGAGAUAAAGUUAUCCCAAGAAGUAAAAGAUCACCUGGGAUCUGAAGUGAAGUUCAGACCCUAUAACACUAUUUUUGAGGAUUUGCAGAAAGUUUCUCAAGCAUGUAAAAGUGAAAGCCAGAAACUUCUCAUGAGUACCCGAGCCAAUUUUGCCUUGUUUAAGGCUAUCGGCGAAGAAAAUGUUGAAGAAACACGUUCGCCAAUUGCUGAUGCCAAGGCAGUCAAAAACGAGGUUGAAUUAGAAGGCAUGAGACAAUGUCAUUUGAGAGAUGCAGUAGCAUUGAUUAAUUAUUUUGCAUGGUUAGAACAACAAAUAGCUGAAGGCAAAAAGUUAACGGAAAUUGAUGGAUCUGAUCGAUUGGAAAAAUUCAGAGCACCUGAACCAGAAACUUGUGCUGUGAUUGAUCCCAAUGAAUUGUACUUGUGUGAUUCAGGUGGUCAAUAUAAAGAUGGUACUACUGACGUGACUCGUACAGUUCAUUUCCGUACACCCACUGAACAAGAAAAACGUGCAUUUACACGAGUUCUCCAAGGGCAUAUUGCUAUUGACAGAUCCAUAUUUCCCAAAAACACCACAGGAUAUGUGUUAGAUGUUCUUGCAAGGUCUUCACUUUGGAGAGAUGGUUUGGAUUAUCGACAUGGAACUGGACAUGGUGUAGGAAGCUAUCUGAAUGUUCACGAAGGUCCACAUGGUAUUGGCACUAGAAUUACUUUCAACGAAGUCCCACUUCAAGCUGGCAUGACAGUAACCAAUGAACCUGGUUACUAUGAAGAUGGUAAAUUUGGUAUUCGUAUUGAAACAGUUUUACUCGUUCGUGAGGUCAAUACUCCAAAUAAUUUUGGUGACCGUGGAUAUUUAGGAUUUGAACAUAUUACUUUUGCUCCAAUUCAAACUAAGUUAAUUGAUGCUUCCCUCUUAACUCCUAUUGAGCAUAAAUGGGUCAAUGAUUUUAAUGCUGAAUGCUUACAAAAAGUUGGUCCCUUAUUGAAACCAGAUAGUCCUGGUUUUCGUUGGUUAAAGAAGGAAACAGAACCAUUUUAA